AUGCCCAGGGAGAGCAGGAACCCAAUGGCAAGCCACGCGGUAGCAGUGGCUCCCUAUCCAACAACAUCGGCAUCUGCGAGCGGACAGAGAAACGCCGCGAUCUGGAGUUCAGCAGACGACGAGAUUUUGCUGCAGGCGCGGGCGUCUGGUCUCAACUGGCAGCCGAUUGCCAAUCGACACUUUCCGAACAAGAGCGCCAAUGCCUGCAGAAAGCGUCACGAACGCCUCAUCGAGAGGCGUCAUGUAGAUGAUUGGGACACCCACAAGCUUGAGCUGCUCGCUCAGGAGUACAUGGCGUGCAGGAAGGAGAUGUGGGAGACCCUUGCCGCGAGGCUCGGGGAGAAAUGGGGAGUCGUUGAAGCCAAAGUAAGCAGGCAGAGCGGCAGAAACACACGACCAACACAGUGCUGACUUAUUCUUACAGUGCAUGGAGAAAGGCCUCAAGACUCUCCAGACUGCUGCUCGGACAGCCCAGAGGAAGGCGACAGCCGACUACAACCAGACUCUCUCGGAACGAGGUAUUUCAGACAACAACAGCGAUUCUGGUGUUGGCUUCUGCUCCGAUGCUGAGCUGGAGGCAGGCGAGGCGGAGACGACCAGGAAAGCAUCGUCAUGGCGUGCGCACACGAGUGAACAGCAGCCGCCUCAAUAUCCCGAGCACGUUCGAUCGAGAAGCCUGCCUCAACCACUUCCGCUUUACCAACCUCCACCACCGAUCCGACGAACAUUCGACGGCUCGUCGAUGAUGACCAGCCCACAGGACAUGUCGUUCUCGGGCCAGCCAGCAUCUCAACGUUGCUCGCCCGACUCUCAAAACAGCCGAAUCAGCAUCCAGUCCAUUGUUUCCAAUUGA